AUAAGUCUAUUUAAUGAACUUGAACUCACACAGGAAAAUGAGUCAAUAAUGUUGAAGGAUGACUAUGACCAAUUUGUCAAAGCUUUUAAAGAGAUGAAAGAUGAGGAAAAAUGGAUCCUUUUGACAGGUAAGGUUGUAGAGGAUCAAUUGUACACAUUUGGUACAAAAUGCACACAAGAACAGUAUGUGUUAAUUAAAUUUCAUCUUACAUAUUCAUAUUACAGUGAUCUACUUAAAGAUGAACAAUACCAAAGAUCUAUAAAACAAAUAUUUAAAAAGGAACCAUGGGAUGAGUUUUAUGAUGCCAAAAAACAUGUAGAUCUAGAAUGGAUCAGAAAUAGCACAUAUAAUCU